AUGCCGGCAAUCAGUCCCCUGUUAUGGUGCUCCCUACGAGUCCAUCAGGUCUUCGGCGCGAAUACCGACGUCGGUAAAACGGUGCUCAGCUCCAUUCUCUGUCGCGCUUCGAGCAAGGUCUGGCCACAAGAACCGACCGCGUACCUCAAACCAGUCUCUACGGGGCCAGACAAUGAGGCCGAUCAUCGGUUUCAGAAGAAUUGUGUCCUUCCCUCCAAGGUGGGUCGUUGGAAGCUUAACACAUUUGUCGCCAGUCACAUAGGCAAGUAUACUACUGGUGUUUCUCACAAGACCUUGUUUCAAUAUGAUCAAGCUGUGAGCCCGCACAUUGCAGCCAAGGGGAAGAAACCACCCUCGGAUGAGGAACUUCUAGGUACGAUCUACUACCAUGCAUCGCAGCGAGUCACCACUGGCUUCGGAUGGCUUUUCAUCGAAACGGCGGGCGGAGUCCACUCACCAGGUCCAUCCGGAAGUACGCAAGCGGACCUUUAUAGGCCCCUCAGGAGUCCGGUGGUUCUCAUCGGUGACUCCAAGCUCGGAGGCAUAUCCCUCACCGUUUCGGCCUAUGAAUCUCUCAGGAUCCGUGGCUAUGACAUAGAGAGCGUUUUGAUGUUUCAGGACGCAGAGUACGGCAAUGCUGAGUACCUCACGGAGUACUUUGAUCGGCAGCAUGGCGUCACGGUGACAGCGGUACCCCAGCCCCCUCCGCGGAUCCCCGAGAACGACGAAGAAGCAAUGUUGGAGUAUUAUGAUCAGACGAGCCACAGUUCACCUGUGAGAGAGGUCUUAGAGCACUUAGACGAUCGACACCGCACUCGCGUACAAGCCCUGGAGUCGAUGGCAUCAGAAGCGCACGAAAAGAUCUGGUACCCUUUCACGCAGCAGAAGCUACUCAAACCAGAUGAUAUAGUAGCGAUGGACAGCGCGUUAGGCAGUUACUUACAGACCCUGAAACCCAAGUCUCAAGCCCCAGUCAACAGCAGCGAACCUCUGCUCCAACCCUCCUUCGACGGAUCUGCAUCGUGGUGGACGCAAGGACUAGGCCAUGCGAAUCUGUCUCUGACCAUGGCAGCCGCAUAUGCUGCUGGUCGUUACGGGCACGUCAUGUUCGCGGGCGCCAUCCACGAGCCCGCCCUGACACUGGCAAAAAUGCUUCUCGAGGGCCUCCAGAACCCGCGACUCUCGCGCGUUUUCUUCUCUGACAACGGCAGCACCGGCAUGGAGGUCGCGGUCAAGAUGGCACUCCGCGCCGCGCGGGUCCGAUACGGCUGGUCCCCCGAUACCAAGGUCGAGAUCGUCGGGCUCAGUGGCGCGUACCAUGGCGAUACGAUGGGCGUGAUGGAUUGCGCCGAGCCGAACAUCUACAAUGAGAAGGUCGAGUGGUAUGAGGGGAAGGGCGUCUGGCUUUCGUAUCCGACUGUCCAGUGCAUCAAGGGCAGAUGGCGCAUUCGGGUUCCUGAUACCAUGGAUUCUGGUUCCGGCGAGGAUCGGGAAUUUCGGUAUCUGCAUGAUGUCUUUGAUCUUGAAUCAAGGCGAGCCAGGGGCGACCACAGACCAUAUGAGCGAUAUAUCCUCAAUACGUUGCGAGACGAAGUAAGAAAGGGCCGCAAGUUUGGCGCUCUAGUCAUCGAACCGGUGGUCCUUGGAGCUGGAGGCAUGUUGUUGGUCGACCCUCUCUUCCAGCAGACACUCACGAAAGUGGUUCGCGAAACCCCCAACCUAUUUGGUCCAGAUACGCAGCCCCAUAAUAGGGACGAGAAGUCUUGGACAGGCUUGCCAGUCGUUUUCGACGAGGUCUUCACUGGCUUAUAUCGUCUAGGUCGGUUCGCCGCAUCGUCUUUCCUCGGUGUCUACCCCGACAUAUCUGUCCACGCAAAGCUCUUGACAGGCGGCCUUAUCCCACUAUGCACGACUCUAGCGUCAGAAAGCAUCUUCCAAGCCUUUGCCAGCGACGACAAGUCCGAUGCCCUGCUUCACGGGCAUAGUUAUACCGCUCAUCCCAUCGGCUGUCAGGUGGCGGUGGAGUCUCUGAAGCAGAUGUUGCAAAUGGAGAAACGAGGCGACUGGGAAUGGGCAAUUCAAAUGGGCAAAGCGCAAGCUGGUGGUGACACCGGUCGCACCCAGGCUGGAAGCCACGUUUGGUCUAUAUGGCCUCCGGAUGUGGUUGAAUGGAUUUCGCAGCAGGAUGGUAGGAUAGGUGGAGUCUGGGCUCUGGGCAGCGUACUUGCGGUGCGUAUGCGCGCACGCGACGGUGGUGGGUAUAAAAGUACCGCCGCCGAGGGAGUCAGGGACAGAUUACUUCAGGGUACGGGGGGGAAUGACGGAAGACGCUGGAAUGUACACAGCAGGGUGCUUGGAGAUGUGCUGUAUCUCAUGGGGAGCCAUAAGACUACAGAGGACGAGGUGGCGGAGGUCGCUGACCUGCUUUGCAAAGCUCUACAACAUUGA